CAAAAUGCGCCGCGGAGAAGAACGAAAUCAACACCAUUUCCAGAUCCCAAUCUGGUAAGGGCUCGUGCAUUCAGUCCUGUUGACUUUAGUGCUAUUUUGAGGGCGCGAGAAAUGGGAAAGACGCUGCAGUGCUAGACGACUUUUCAGAUCAGCUUGCUUGGUUGUAGGCGGCAAGGUGUGACUAUCACCAGACUGUCCAUAGGCACAGACAGUUCUGGCUAUCGAGCAUACUGGCAAGCUACGAUUUACUGUCGAUUGAGCUCCACCAGGAACCUAUCUACCGAAACGUCCAGUGGAUAGCAUCAACGCUACUGCCUUGGCUUGGAUUCCCACCUCUCGCCAAGGCCAGGGCAAGGCGUUCGGUUCGUGAGCUGUGGGCAGCAUUGUUACUACUCCGCACAACGGAUCGUCGUCACUCACGCCUGGCAGCCGCCGCCCACCAAAGAUGCCGACCGGUAAGCCGAGGAGCAAGUCGGCCAAGCCGGGCUUGAUGAUGACCACGAACAAGGAGCUGGAAGCAGCGCUCAUGUCCGAGCAAGGACUCAGCUACACCGAAUCGAAGCGCGCUGCGUCCGCUGUGGGUAACCGUCGCAAGGGCGAAGGCACGGGUUACGUGCUGCCACGAGCGAGACAACGCGAAGAGGAAAAGCUCAAGUCUUACUACACAAGCCAGUUCGAAGCGAAGCACGUGAGCGCGGAGGAUCGUCAGGCGAGGCCCACUUCGCCCACCAGGCGAAACAACCCGCAUCCUCAGGAGGAGUUCAUGGCGUGGAAGCUACCCGUGCGCGUUCUCGAGAGCAGGCAGGGCACUGUCACGGUGCCGGUGGAACAGCUUUCCGAGACCGGCCAGUCUUUCUACCAGGACUACCUCACUGGAAACGAUGGCGACGCAGGCAACGAAGUCAGCACCACCAUAGCUCGUAGUGAGUUUGUGGGCCGCAAGGAUCCGGACAGCGCAGGGCCGGACACGACUGCCACUGUCGAGUACCCUGGCUAUCCAGGCAGCAAGUGUCGCAGCAACACUGGAAAAUUGGCUCCGCUCGCGACCAAGACUAAUCCGGCGCAGAAGACGAUUGUACUGCGACCAGCCAGUGCGACAGCAAAGAAACGAGUCGUGGGAGCCACGACGCACAGUACUGGAACGGCGCAACAGCUCGAGUCAUGGCUAGAUUCGGAUGCCUCUGCAAACCAGAAAGAUGUUGUCAUAUCCAUGCUCAAGUCUGGAGCGACGGAGGAGCUGCGACUCAAGAAAGCCCUGCAGUCAACAUUAGCCGAAGAAGCACUACCUGGUGUGGAGGAGUGGGUCAAGACGGCAUCCGAGCAAGAUCGUAAACUGGUCUUGCAAGUGUUCGAGGGCCUCUCGGAGGCACACACGGCACCGCUGGCCGACAGCCGUCAGUGGCAGCAGGAAGACUCGCUGCCACCUCUGCCGUCGGGUUCGCGCUCGCUUGAUCGUUCAGCGCACCCGCCGCCGCACCGCCGACCGAUCAGCGGCAUGACUGGCAAUCGCGCCCGGCUGCACACACGUCGUGCAAGCGACCCACUGCCAUUCAGUGAACAACAGCCCAUUCCCAUGAUGUACCGUGGCACCGGGGCCGAGAAGAUACUCCACUACAAUCGCACCCGGCCUCUGGGCAGCCGUGCCGGCUCUCGCGCCCAGUCCCGUGCCCGGUCGGCAAGCGUCAACGGAAGGGGAGGUGGUACGGGUGUGUCGACGCUGGAGGAAACCCUCGACAAGCUGGCAGUAGAUGCUGGUGUGGACGGCACGGAGGCACGUUUCUCCCCGCUGCCCAGCAUGCACUGGCACCAGUUCUCCAAGCGACAGCACACGCCUAACGUCGUGCACCGCGGCGCCAUAUUCGGCGGUCCCAAGAACGUCGGCAGCCACUGGACUAUCUGUCCGGAGUGGCCAACUGCUUGAAUAGAGGAGGAUUACAGCCCCCUGUGCCUGCAGGGAAACACUGGUGGCGUUUCGGUCAAUGGUGUGCUUCAUGGUGAUGUUCUUGUACUCGUUGAGCCCCUCCUGGCUUGAACCAGCUAGGGGUCGGUCAUGCACCUACAAAGGACGCUCGAAACUACAGCUGCUUUCAGUGAGCAUUGGAAGCUCAGCAAUAGGUGUAAAUGCUGUGCAAGCGGACCCAACUGGCCCGUAUGCUACAAUCUUUCUUGGUCCCCUUCUCCCCAAACUCAUACUAGACUCAUAUCG